AUGGACGAGAUCACAAGAGGGCAAUGGCAAGGUCUGGCAGCGAAAGCCAUCAUGAAUCCACGAUCACGUGCCGCCAAGAGGAAUCGCGUCUCAGCCAACGAGCUUCGAGGUUUAGGGAUAACUUCAAAUCCAUCCAAUUCCCUGCUCCCUCGCAAAAUGGACGGCACCAUUGAGACCCGCGCAACACGAGCCUCAAAGCGCCGCCGAAUUAGUCCCCCGGAACCACCACAAUCCCUCCCAAAAGCUGUGCGCUCCCCUUCCCCUGACGAGCUUGCCAGCGGGCCCCCAACGCCUCGAAUACUCUCGCGCAAUGGUUCCACGCCUUCUCUACCCCAGCACCCAUCUGCCCCCGUGACGGAGGGAGAAGGGGAGGACAUUCGCCGCCCUUCCUUCUCCCCAGUCUCAGAUUCUUCACCCGACGAGCUCGACCAUACCGCCAACCCUCACACCUUCUACCGGCACAAUGAACCCUACCGGCGCUCAUUUAGUGAGAGGGCGCGGCAGCAUGAUGCCAGCGCGGGAAUGCUGUUGGGGUCGGACGGACUGCUGAGGGUUCCGGCAUCGCCGCAGACACCGGAAUAUUCAAGGAUCAGCACACCGGUUGCGAGUCCUGCUCCAGAAGCGAUGAGGGAGGUUGUGCAGGAGGCGGUGUUCGUGCCGUACAGGUGUCGAAGGGUGCUGAGGGGUCAUGGGAAGGGUGUAGCGCAGGUGAGAUUUAGUAAAGAUGGCAGAGUCUGGGAAGUGAGCACUGGGAAGUGCUUGCAGGUACUGGAGGGCCAUUUAGCUGGUAUAUCUGCGCUAGCAUGGGCGCCGGACUCGAACACUAUCGCAUCUGGAUCGGACGACAAGUCUAUAUGGUUGUGGAAUGUCUCAACAGGCAAACCGUACCCCAAGCCCCUCCUUGGUCAUCACCACUACAUCUACUGCCUCGCGUUCCACCCCAAAGGCAACAUCCUCGUCUCUGGCUCCUACGACGAAGCGGUGAUCCUUUGGGACGUACGGACUAGGAAAGCGCUACGUACCUUACCUGCCCACUCCGACCCAGUGGGCGGCGUUGACUUUUGCCAAGACGGCACUCUCAUAACCUCCUGCUCAGGCGACGGCCUGAUCCGGAUCUGGGACACGGCAACGGGCCAGUGCUUACGAACUCUCGUCCACGAAGAUAACGCUCCUGUGACCAGCGUGCGUUUCUCGCCUAAUGGGAAAUUCGUGCUUGCAUGGACACUGGAUGCUUGCGUGCGGUUGUGGAACUAUGUGGAGGGCAGAUGCGUCAAGACGUACCAGGGCCAUGCAAAUGAAAAGUUCUCGAUUGGAGGGGCUUUUGGUACUUAUGGGGGUGAGAUGGUGGAGGGCGGGAGGAUGGAGAGGAAGGCGGCGGUCUUGAGUGGGAGUGAGGAUGGGAGGGUGGUCUGGUGGGAUGUGGUUAGUAAGGAGGCGAUUGGGGAGGCGAGAGGUCAUGACGGCGUGGUGUUGGGGGUGGAUACUAGGGGUGAUGGCUGUGUUGUUACUUGUGGGAUUGAUAGGACGGUGAGGGUUUGGGAAAAGGGUCUUGGGGGGACGGACACACGGGUAGACCGUAUGGGAUUCAAAGAAGAAGACGUGGGUAAGCAUGCGGAUGCUAACGGGGUUGAGGCAAAUGGGAAAAUGUUGAACGGAAAUAUAGAUCACCAUGUAAACGGAGAUAUGGAAGUUGAUAAGUAA